UGCCUUUUAUAAAUACUGUUCAUUAAACUUCCUGGUUGUAUGAUUUUCUGAUAAACCGGACGAAAUAGUAUGAUCUCUGAAUGUGUACUAAACACAUGUUUCGAUUAUGUUUGAUGUUUUCUAUUGCGUUAUUCUUAACACCAUUGUGUAUAGACUUGCAAAUGCGGAUCAACUUAAUCUUGUAGCGAAUGAUCGCCAAUUGCAAUGGACAGAAGCUUUUGGUUCCUGUGAUGAUCCAACGUACUGGCAUCAGAUAUUCAAUGACUGUCAGCCUGAAUCAUGCAAUGUUUCUAGUGUCGCAGAUACAAUCAUAAAUAAGCCAAGGUUCGGGAGCCAGCAGUAUUGGAUCUAUGGAUACGUACUUCGAUCACCUGUUAUCGUAAAUAUAGGAUGUUAUAGUUUGAAUGCUAGUGUAAAGAAUGAUUUUAAUCGUGGUGUCUUCUCAUUUGAGUACAAUUCGGCUUUUGAAUGUUUAAUGGCUUGUCCGGAUAAAAGUGUAGACUUCAUCUUUCUAAGGGGGAGAGAGUGUCUGUGUAUUCCAGAGAAAAAAUUUAAUAAACAGCUGUAUAAACUACUAUUACAAGAAAAUACUGGUACUUGCAACCAAUCUUGUGCUGGAAAUAGUGAAGACUUGUGCGGUGGUGCGUCAGUUGUCAAUGGAAACGAUUUAUACAGUGUAUUUAAAGUAAUAACAAGAAGGAUUUCCGCCACCAAAGUUGGAAACACAUGUGCACAGUUAGAGUUCGACGACAAAAUGCAACACCGUUUCUCUUACACAACUUGCAGUUCUAAGCGGAUGUAUAUUUGCGAAAGAUAUAAUAUGUCUGAUCAAUCCUAUAAGGAUAAGUGUCCUAAUGAAACUGCAUCAUGGUACGCCGCACAACAAAAUUGUCAAGAAAUGGGUUUGCAGCUUCGGACAUACACUACAACUAGUUUUUCGUCUCUGUGUAGCCAAAGCGAACAGAUGUUUUGGAUUGGAAAUCAUGUCGCUGAAAAAAUUGUAUGGGCAAAUGAUUCUUUACCGAAAGAUGCGUUAUGCAUGAAGUUAGUAAUUUCUGCAACUGGCUCCAGUUUUGAAACUGAAAACUGCCGCAAUCAAUUGCAUUCAUUGUGUUAUGCGCAAGAGCAAACGUCUAGCGGGAAGAAUGACGAGGCGUACAUAACAUCAGUAUCGACACAAGCUAAAGGUUCAACAGGUAGCACAACUUAUGGGAGUUCAAUAAAUACAAAGUCUGAUUUAGAUGAGGAAAACACAAACAUUUUCGGUCUUCCAACUCUAAGGAGUCCAAUGAACGCAAAGUCAGAUGAGGAUAACACAACAAAUAUCGUUCCAAUUGUAGCUGGGAGCGUUGGGGGAUUUGUAGCAAUUUUGAUUGUCGUAAUAAUUGUGUUAAUUGUUAAAAGAAGAACGAAAUCAAACAACAAGCACGUGAUUACAACUGUUGAUCAGGGACAGCCUGAAACUUACUCAGAACCAAUCAAGAAUACCAUUCUAGAAGAAAGUAGGAAGUUAGUAAAUGUUACGGAAGAAGGAAUCUAUAAUCAUUUGGGAGACUCAGAAAAUAUGAUUGAGAUGAAACCACAAGAUUCAUCAAUAUAUGAUGUCACGGGAGAUGAUGAAUACCACGUGUUUACUGCUAGCGGAAAACAACAGAAAUUUAAAGACGAUGAUGACCUGUAUGAUCAUGGGGCAUCGAGUGAUGUUUACAAUACAUUGAAUGACACAGUUACGACAAACAGACCUGAAUCAGACACAUACAAUGUUAUUAAUACUAAAUGAUCUGAACUGACAGUACGCUUGCCUAGCUUGGUUGACCGUUUUCAUAUUUAUGUUUUACAGAGAACCGCAUACAUGUAUUAACAAUGAGAAAGCCAGAUUGAGUCCUUAAUUUGAGUUCAUACGGUUUUUCAGCUUUAAAGUUCCUUUCUCCUUUUAUCCUUCAAACUAACAAAUGUAAGGUAAAUCUUCUUAUUUUCUAGAAGAUAUAAAAAUGGCAAUAAGUGUGAAUAAAAGGAGAUGUUGGCUAUGUGUCAACGAGACCGGAACCAAAUGAGAAAGAUAGACGUAUAUAGUUCAUUUUGUGUAUUAGCAUUUCAUAACUAUCAUUUUUUUAAAUGCUUUAUUGUUUUAUACUUUUCAUAUUUAUAUUUGUUUUACUAUAGCAUAUCGAAUGUUCAAUUUUAAAGAUGUAUAUAGAAAGUUGUAGAAAACUG